GCUGCGGAGCGCUCAGCAUCGGCCGCGCAAUCGAGGGGGCAUCUGAUGUUUUCGUGGUCGUCCUGCGUGUGCUGUCUCAGUGGAUUGCGUUCGCGGUCGGCUUGGGUAUCGCUUGAGACGUCCACAGUGUAGCGUUGUGCGCGUCGAGAUUGUGGCUGGUUGCUGUCACAGUGCGUGCGUGUCGAAACCGAGAAUGCGGUCGUGUCGAAACCGAGAACGGUGGCUGUGAUAGGCGUCCUGUCUCAUAGUCCGACGCACCUUUGUGCAUCGGACGACGAGAGAGGUCGCUGUGAGCAACCCCUGCUGCGUCUAACUAUACUUUAUUUCAUCGCGCUGUGACGAUAAGACAUUUUCUAAAUGUGAUUGAUGUGGAGAUAGUAGUAUGGUGUGCUGACGGAAGACUUCGAGCUUACACGUUUUCUGCAACGGAUGACUUGCAAAGUACGGAGUAGAAUCUACAGCGGAGACAUCUACGGCACUAAACAUGUCAAUCACCUGCGAUAAAAAUGAAACUGAAGUCGAUGGUCCACCGAAAGACCUGGAGACCCUUGCAAUGGAAGAGCUUGGUGAAACCCCGGAAGUGAAACGAAGAUGUUUGGCACAGCUACUACAGCUCCUUGAAGGAGAAAGGAACCUGCGGGUGCCUGAAGACGACGCAUUUCUGCUCAUGUUCCUUCGAACCCGCAAAUACCGAGUGAACGACGCAUUCAAAAGAGUGAAAAACUACUUCCGCGUCCGCAAGCAAAUUCCCGAGUAUUUUGAAGACCUGAACCCAUCUAGCAUCCCAUACCAGACAGUAUUUAAGGACCACAAGCUCAUUUUGUCGUCGAAAAAGAGAGAUCCGCUGCGCAGAGCUGCAGGGUACGUAAGGUUCGGAGCUUGGAAUAGUGAAAUAUGCUCGAUAAAUGAGCUAAUGCGGUGCCUAAUGGUGGCCAUCGAAUGCAACCUUCUCUCGGAAGAGACACAGAUUCGGGGCGCGGUGUUCGUCAUCGACAUGGAAGGCUUCAAUACGCACCAUCUCAUCACGCUGUCACCGUGGUUUCUGCAUCGAGCCGUAACUGUUUUACAGGAAAGUGGGAAAGUCGGGAUUCCAUGCCCGCCCGUGAAGUUUAUAGAGCAAUUCCAUGCUGGUAUCCCUAAUAAGUGCAAUAACUCUGUGAAAAUACUCGUCACAUUUGUUGCCUGGUGCAAUUGUCGAAUGCUUGGUCUUCGUUACGUAUAGUUGUGAGUCUGCAAAAUCCCACUCGUUUCAGGAGACGCCAAAGCGCGCUAAGAGCGAAAGCCACAAUAUGUUAAAGUAAGGUUUUGUGAUUUUGAUCCUAAGGAAUGAGUGAUUAACCACUUUGAAUAUACUACAAAUGGCCGAAACGUGUCAAGGAACAAAUGUUAGGAAAAACUGUCUUCCACAUGACCGCAAAGAGAGAGGUUGAUUGACAGAAAAAUGAAAGCCUGCUGAUCGCACCGCAACUAUUAGCGUGCGACAGAUACGUGGGCCGAUAUAACGUAAUGAUUUCUUUAGCUCAAUUCUAUUCUUACUUU